GGUCCCCAGCGCCGCCCCCGCCCCGCGCCUCCCCAGCAAACUUUUGGCACCGCCACAGCGCGCGCGCUUCCGAGCUCGGGCCGCCGGGCGCGCGGGGAGAGGAGGGCGAAUCCCGCCCCGCGCCCAGCCCUGCCCGGGGGCAGCCGCGCCGCCGGAACCCGGACCAUAAAUAUGCGGCGCGGAGCCUCCGCGCAGCAGAGCCCGCGCGCCGCCCGCCCUGGGUGCUGAUCCGCGGCCGAGCCGAGCCAAGCCGAGCCGGAGCCGGGAGCGCGUCCGCGUCCACGCAGCCGCCGGCCGGCAGCACCCAGGCCCCGCACGCCAGGACGUCGGAGUGGCCGCGAGACAUGCCACCGGCCCGGAAGCUCCUCAGCCUCCUCUUCCUCAUCCUGAUGGGCACGGAACUCACCCAAGUGCUGCCCACCAACCCAGAGGAGAGCUGGCAGGUAUACAGCUCUGCCCAGGACAGCGAGGGCAGGUGUAUCUGCACAGUGGUUGCCCCCCAGCAGACCAUGUGUUCCCGGGACGCCCGCACAAAACAGCUGAGGCAGCUACUGGAGAAGGUACAAAACAUGUCUCAAUCCAUAGAGGUCUUGGACAGGAGGACUCAGAGGGACCUGCAGUAUGUGGAGAAAAUGGAGAACCAGAUGAGGGGGCUGGAGUCCAGGUUCAAGCAGGUGGAAGAGAGUCAUAAGCAACACCUUGCCAGGCAGUUCAAGGCGAUAAAAGCGAAAAUGGAUGAACUUAGGCCUUUGAUCCCUGUGUUGGAAGAGUACAAGGCCGAUGCCAAAUUGGUAUUGCAGUUUAAGGAGGAGGUCCAGAAUCUGACGUCAGUGCUUAACGAACUGCAAGAGGAAAUUGGCGCCUAUGACUACGAUGAACUGCAGAGCAGAGUGUCCAAUCUUGAAGAAAGGCUCCGUGCGUGCAUGCAAAAACUAGCCUGUGGCAAGUUGACGGGCAUAAGUGACCCAGUGACCAUCAAGACUUCUGGCUCAAGGUUCGGGUCCUGGAUGACAGACCCUCUGGCCCCAGAAGGUGACAACAGGGUCUGGUACAUGGACGGCUACCACAACAACCGCUUUGUGCGCGAGUACAAGUCCAUGGCGGACUUCAUGAACACGGACAACUUCACAUCGCACCGCCUCCCGCACCCCUGGUCGGGCACUGGGCAGGUGGUCUACAAUGGCUCCAUCUACUUCAACAAGUUCCAGAGCCACAUCAUCAUCAGGUUCGACCUGCGGACCGAGGCCAUCCUCAAGACGCGCAGCCUGGACUACGCCGGCUACAACAACAUGUACCACUAUGCUUGGGGCGGCCACUCGGACAUCGACCUCAUGGUGGACGAGAACGGGCUCUGGGCCGUCUACGCCACCAACCAGAAUGCCGGCAACAUCGUCAUCAGCAAGCUGGACCCUGUGUCCCUGCAGAUCCUGCAGACAUGGAACACCAGCUACCCCAAGCGCAGCGCCGGCGAGGCCUUCAUCAUCUGCGGGACCCUGUACGUCACCAACGGCUACUCGGGGGGCACCAAGGUCCACUAUGCCUAUCAGACGAACGCCUCUACCUACGAGUACAUCGACAUCCCUUUCCAGAACAAAUACUCCCACAUCUCCAUGUUGGACUACAACCCCAAGGACCGCGCGCUGUAUGCCUGGAACAACGGCCACCAGACCCUCUACAACGUCACCCUCUUCCACGUCAUCCGCUCUGACGAGUUGUAGCUCUAGCGCCCCGAAGCCGAGGGUCCAAGUCCUCGCCUCUGAGGGCCCCGCCCCUCCCUGAGAAGCAGCUGCCAAAAUGAUACUAAGAAGACUAACGAUACUAAUUUUGAAAAAAAUAAAUAACAAAUCAUCAGCAACGAUUCUGACGCCUCCGUGUUCCUCCCACUCGGCUGGUGGGCGACAGAUUUCGGAAGAACCCCCCCCCACAUUUGCAGCUGGAACUGCAGCCCAGCACCCCCAUCUACCCCCACCCCUACUCCAGUUCCUCUCCAGCAGCAAGGCAAUGACUGUUGGCCGCUCCCGCCCAAGAGCAGCCUACUCUUCGGAUCGCAUGGACAUUCCCUGAGUCGCGGGCAGCGCUGAUAGGCGUGACGCUCCUGACUCUGCCAUGGGAACCCCCAGCCCCACCACCCCGGGCAGCCUCUGAGGAGGCAGGGGGAGCUCACAUUCGUUGAAGCUGCGUUUCCUGACCGUAUUGUUGUCUCUUAGAUUAACUGUGUCGAGGCUGCCAGUAGCUCAUGGACCCGUGUUUAGUACUUCCUGAAGCAAUGGGGGGCGUGUGUCCUGCACUUGCUGAACCCACACUGUUUGGACUCGCGUACCCCGUAGAUCUAUCGUGCAGUGUCUGUUGUUCUUUCCUUGAGGUGGUAACUUUUGUGCGUUUAGUGUAUGCGGUGGAUGUUAAUGCGAUGCCGUACGUAGUUUGGAUUGAUAAGUGGAUGGUUCUUGUUUCUAAAAAGAAAUCAGUGUUCACCCUUAUAGAGACCUAGUCAAGUUCGUGUUGCUAAUAAUCCAAGGAAUUCUUCUCUUCUUGUUCGAUUACCUGGAUGAUAUAACUGCAGGUGCAAAGGGCUUGUCUGGGAAACCCCGGUUUCCGGUGGGAAGGAAAGCCACAGAAGGCUCACUUUUUAGGUCCAGAGAGGGAAACUUUGUACUAUCCAGUUAUCUAAGGAACAAUAAAAAUAUUAGGAGAUGUU